UGUGUGUGUGUGUCCUGGCGUUAUCACUUAUCUGGAAGGGCGUUGCAGCCAUCCACCAUAUCAUAUCUCCAACCUCUAGGCGUCACCACCUUUUACUUGUCCACCCUACUCGCGGCAGCAGGCGUCGUCCCCUCCAAACGAUCCUCCAUCAUUCACCUCAUCUGUGCUUUCCUCAAGACAGGACUGCUGCCACGCCACUGACACCCUCAUAGGUUUCUGUCAGGGCUCAUACGAUCCCUAUAGGAUCAUCGCAGCCCUACUUCAUCAAGACCAAGACCAGUCGUGAAUUUAGGCCUACACAGAUCAGGCCAGAGUCCAGGCUGCCAACCUGCUUGGCACCCACCACACUGACCAGCUUCCCUGAGGGUCCGUGCAGGACAGGCUGUGGCGUGUGCUGCCAGGAGCAUUGCUGCAGUGGAGACUGUGAGGCUGGUCAGCAGCAUGAGUGGCCAGCAGCAGCAGCAGCAGCAGCAGUCUGCCUCAGCAGAAGGAUUGGGACACGGGUUGACGGUCACGUGUAGGUGAGUCGCGGCACAGGAAGGGGCGGUGCACCAGAGAACCAGUCAGCACCCGGCCAGCUGUUCUUUAUAAGACCCGCCAGCUGCCGUCACCCAUUUCUGCUCCAACAACUGAAUUGUGCGGUGCUGCGGCUGCUGUGUGACUUACUGCGCCCAGUUGUCAGUGCUCUGGGCAAGAAUGUAUAUGCUAGCUGUAGUGGUGGUGUGUCUGGUGGCAGGGGCCAGCUCUGCCCCUGCGGCUGAUGAGAUAAGACACCUGCCAGGACUGAACCAUGACAUCGCCUUCAAGCAUUACAGUGGAUACUUGUCUGGUGCCCCUGGAAAGCAUCUGCAUUAUUGGUUUGUGGAGUCUUCCCGAGACCCUGUGGCUGACCCAGUGGUGCUGUGGAUGAAUGGCGGGCCAGGCUGCUCCUCCAUGGAGGGCCUGCUAGCAGAGCUGGGACCCUACCUGGUCAACCCUGAUGGCAAGACCCUGAAGGAGAACCCCUAUGGCUGGAAUGUUAUGGCAAAUGUGUUAUUCCUUGAGGCGCCAGCUUGUGUUGGGUUAUCUUAUGAUGACAAUAAUAACUGUGAGACUGGUGACGAUGAGACAUCCCUGUCUAAUUACUUGGCUCUUCAGGACUUCUUCCAAAACAAGUUCCCUGAGUACCGAAACAACAGCUUCUUUAUCACUGGAGAGUCCUAUGGAGGUAUAUAUGUACCCACCUUGGCUGUGAGGGUCCUCAAGGGAAAGGAUACAUUCCCCAUCAACCUGCAGGGCUAUGCUGUAGGCAAUGGUUUGUCCAGCUAUGAGCUCAAUGAUGACUCCAUCAUUUUCUUUGGUUACUACCACGGCCUCUUCGGGGAUGACCUUUGGGUUCGCCUGGUGGAACACUGCUGCAGUGGUGGCCGCGCUUCCAGGCAAACCUGCAACUUCUCCAACUCCAAGUGGCCGAUGUGUGCCCUGGCGGUUGAAAAGGCCUCUGACAUCAUCUACAAUGAGGGACUGAACAUGUACAACCUGUAUGAUAACUGCCCCCACACAUCAGCUGGCAGUUUUUCACGCCAUGAAGCUUUUCUCUCCAACAUUAUGAGAAAACACCACUUCCAUAAGACCAUGAUGAUGAAAGCAAAGAGCAAUAAGAAUGUGAAGCUGGACCCUCCCUGCACUAACGGAACAAACCUGCUCAAUUACCUCAAUACCCCUGAGGUGCGCACGGCUCUCCACAUCCCCCUGGAUGUUGGAAAAUUUGAACUAUGCAAUGAUGAGGUGAAUUUCAAGUACAAACGUGAAUACUCCACCAUGAAGCCCCAGUAUCAGUACCUGACGAGCCAAGUGCGGGGACUCAUCUACAACGGAGACAUUGACAUGGCCUGCAACUUCUUAGGAGACGAGUGGUUUGUGGAGAGCCUGGGCCUGCAGGUGAAGGAAGGACGCAGGAUGUGGCACCAGGGAGGGCAGGUGGCAGGCUUUGUGAAGCGUUUUGCCAAUCUGGACCUGGUGACUGUGCGAGGAGCCGGACACAUGGUGCCGGAGGACAAGCCAGCACCAGCUCUCAAGAUGAUCACCUCUUUCAUAUUCCAGAAGCCUUACUAGGAAGGUGACCUGCAAUUGUCUUGUGAUACUUUUAUUUAAAUGAUACUUUAAGGAUACCUUCACUGUGGUAAUUCUUCUUAAUAUAGUACAGUAGAAAGGAUAUGAAAUAAUCAUCUAAAGAAAGAAAACAUGUAAUUUGAAAACCAUUGCCAACUGCUGAUGUUGUUCUGUGUUUCUACACAAUGUUAAGAGAUGAACACCCAUUAUGAAUGCUUCAUGCCAGUAAUGAACAAAUGUAUGAAUAAAAGAAUCUCUGGGAAAAGGAUAAA